AUGACUACUGACAAAGAGUGCGGCUCGGCCGAGGUCGAACAUGUCGUCUAUUCGGAGAAAGGCGCUGUCAAUGCGCUGCUCGUUCUGGUCUGCGUCGUAUUCGGCGCGUCGUCAUUCAUGUUUGGCUAUGACGAUAAACUCAUCUCUCCUGUUGCGGCACUGACGCCAUUUGUCGAGAAGUUUCAAGGGCCGAAUCCAGCGACGGGCAAAUAUAUCCUCACGGCUCGCAACCAGAACCUGGUCAUUUCUCUCCCUUUGGUGGGCGCCGCGCUCGGUGGUUUGCUAGCUUCUCCGUUGAACUUCCACUUCGGCCGCAAGUGGCCUCUGGUGGCCGCGUAUAUGCUGUCCGUUGGCGGUGGGCUUCUUCAAGUGUUUGCACCUAAUCUGGGGGCCUUCGUGGGUGGAAGAUCCAUCAACGCCGUCGCUUUUGGGAUUGCCACUGCCACGACCCCUCUCUAUCUCUCCGAGGUUGUUCCUGCUUCUAUGAGAGGCAGAAGUGUCAGUUCAAUUAAUAUCUUGAACCUCACGGCCGGAGUAGUUGGCACCGUCAUAGUGUGGGGUACCGAAAAGAUCGGUGGCCACUUAUCCUUCCAGAUCCCCUUGGCCGUGCAAUCUGCCGUUCCUAUUAUCCUGUGUGCCAUGACAAUACCACUUCCCGAAAGCCCCGAAUGGCUAGUAUCAAAAGGAAAUAUGGAACAAGCCCGGCUCAACCUUCGCAAACUCCGCGGUUUCAGCGACGAGCAAGUCGAGGAUGAACUCCGGCUCAUGGCCUUGUGUGAAAAGAACAACCGUGAGAUCCGAUCCGAGACGAAGUUCUGGCAUAUAUUCAAGCGAGAGCAUCUCAGACGUACACUGGUUGCCGGCUCCUUCUUUUCUCUCAAUCAAAUUUCCGGCGUCAUUUUGUCGACCACCUACACAACUAUCUUCCUUACGGAAUUGGGAGUUGCAGAUGCCUUUACUCUUACGAUUAUUUCAUCCUGCUGCACGUUGGCUGGUACCAUUGCAGCCCCAUUCGUCAUUGACCGUGCUGGUCGACGCCCAACGGCCUUCGUUGGUAUGAGCAUUCUGUUCAUCAUAGAUGCUGUGGCUGGCGGUCUAGCGUUUGACAAAGGCAACAAACGCGCUGUCCUCGCCAUCGCAGCACUGUCAUUCGUGUUCAACUUCUUCUGGGCCUCCUCGUUCUUUUCAUUGUCAAACUUGAUGCCCUCCGAGAUGGCUACUCCGAAGCUCCGUCACCAUACCAUGUCCUAUACUAUCGCUUGUCAAGAGAUCACUGCUGUUAUCACAACCCUCGUCGUGCCGCAGUUGACAUCGGCGGAUGCAGCGAACCUUGGCGCAAAGACCUAUCUGGUCUUUGCUGGAUGCAUGGCUGGUAUCAUCGUCUUCGUGUAUUUCUUGAUGCCGGAAACUCGCGGCCGUACAUUCGCGGAGAUUGAUGAAAUGUAUGCCGCCAAGGUGCCUGCGUGGAAGUGGAGGUCUUACCGGACUUCGAUAGAGGCGAGGACCGGGGAAUCAGAGAACACCCGAGGUAAAGAUAUGGACCUGUGA